AUGGCGGCCACCGUCCGGCGCCAGUCUCGCCCACCUCCAGUGUUCGUCAAUCUCUACUGUUCCCAAUGCGACAAUCAUCUCGGCAUAUUCGAAAAUGAAUGGGCUCGACUUACCUCUUCCUACAUGCGACCUACUCUCCCGGGACAGCACUUUGCGUCCGAAAUUGCGCAGAAGACCCAGAUAGUCCCUAAUGGAGUCGUUGGACAAGCUGCGGAAGGCUGCACCAUGGCCGAGGUCUUUUGCAAAAAGUGUUCAGUGGCAGUCGCCCAAUAUUGUAAAGCUGCCCCAAGGCCGGACCAAGGAAAGCUAGUAAAUCAGUACUUUUACAAGUCUUCGAGAACCUACCUUCGCACCAGCGACAACAAGUCCCGGGUUGACCCAAUCUUCGGCUUUUCUGGAGACUUGAAGCAAAUCAGCAGUCGCUUCAGUGUACCACCUCGUCCAAAGCUGUUUUCAGUCCACAGGUGGCCGCAAACUCCCUCGCGAAGUGAAUACACACCCUCGCGGGUCCAGCCCUCUCCCCAGUUACACCUGCAGAGUCGAGAAUCGUCACUCUUCCACACCCAGACACGUGCGCAGCCAGAAGAAUCGCUUGCGCUCCGGCUGGCCGCUCAGGAAGAGAGGCUCAGACGCCAGGAAGAGAAAAUGGCUGCCCAGGAUCAACGAAACCAAGAGCAGGAAGCCCGGGUUCAGGCUGUCUAUGGGAAGUUGGACGAUUUCCGGGAAAUUCUAGAGGACUACAAGGUUAAGUUUGAGGAAAUACAGGCACAAGCAAAGAUAGUAACUACGUCCUCCCAGCAACUCGAUCAAUCUCUAUUUGUCAGCAAUCUAGAGCAUUUGAUAGCAAUGUCGAAAAAUGCGGGCUCCAUAUCAGGCGAGAUCGAAAGGCUCCGGGCUGAGAACCAGGCACUCAAGAUAAAGCUCGAUGCUAUUAAAUCGCCUGCUGGGCUGACAUCGGCAGAAAUGGAAGGUUCCCAUGCGCUUGGCAAGCGAAAGCGCACGAGCGAUGUCGCAACGGCUGGCCACCUCCAGCUGCAGGGCAUCACCAUGGGGCAAGCCAAUACCGGUUAUCACGACCAAGCAUCUCUGAGGCGUAUCCUGACACCUCAGUCCAGCGUUGCUUCUGCAAGUGGUAGCCAGGCUUCUGAGAGGGAGGACCUUGACCAGAGAAACCGCGUGGACUCUUGUCUUCAAGGGGUUGCAGAUGCAGAUGAUCACGCCCGUGAAUACGAAAUGUUCCAGGCUAAAGAUGAAACGUCGUCGACAGAGAACGACCGAGCUGCACCAGAGACGUCAGGAACUGCUCCGACUAUCCAAACUGGCAACACUGAAUCAUCAUCUCUAGUUGCGUAUAUUGACUUCAGUGACGAUGAGCAUCCAAGUGAACCGGUGGUGAGAACGGUGCAGUUUAAUUCAAUUGCGGGUGACACAACCCAGAGAAGUGUCCCCAUAGAGACAAGGGGAGUCGACAUCAGGAGAAAACGAGCUCUUCAGAAUGGCCAGGAUAAUGACACUGCUGGGCCAAAGCCGGAGCCGGAGACCAGCUCUAAGCGCCCGCGAAGGAAUCAGAGGAGUAUACCUAGACGAGUCACUGAUGGUGAAGUCAACUAUGAGGGUCGCAAUGACAGCCGCAGCUUAGCGCCAAGUAUACCGCCCACACCUGUCGUCCGGCGCAGAACCCUCCCGCCAAAGCCGGGCAUCGACACUCCUAGAGGAAUGGAGCAUGUCCAGAUCGUCACUCCCACCUCCCAUGAGAAGGAGAUGAACACAGCUAAGGAAACACGGCCCGAGCGGGAGAUCGUGCAGAGCACGGAGAAACUCUUACAAUUGGAACUCAUAGAACUCGGACUUGAAGAGUGGGUAGGAUGCAAAGACAAGACUACCAACUCUGAAUAUCGAAAGGCCGUGGAUGCAGCGAGAAAUCAACGACGGGAGCAGAAGAAACUCGAAGCACUGGCGAGUGUUGGGUUGAAUGUAUCGCCAACAUCACCGCAAAGAGCCGAGGCAGAUGGCCCGGUCGACUCGAUCCCUGGGGCUGCUGACAAUGGGACUGCAUCUUCUGGGGAGACCACUGGUGAAACGGCACAGAGCACCGCGCAGGAUACGUCUGUUGAGGUGAGCAGACCAAGUAUAGAUAAUCUUGAAGGGGAUGCGCUGGCCGAAAAGGACGAGGGUGUGAUGACGCGUAGAAAACAGCGCAGGAGAGAUGAGAUCCGCAGAAUGGACCAGUUGGCAAGAGAAGCGCUGGAGAUGGAUUUUUAG